AUGGACAAUGCAAGAAUCAGAACAAUCGUUCUUGCAUUGUGCAUCACUUUGGUGUGUUGUGAGGAUGGUGAUGGUGACCAUAAAAGGAAAAUACCAGUUGCUGGGCCUGAUAUGUUCAAGGGUAUGAAUUUAGCCAAGGACAAACUUGCUCCUGGUGAGAAAAUUAUCAACGUGGUGAGUUUUGGAGCCAAACCUGAUGGCAAAAGUGACAGCACUCAGGGUUUCAUGCAAGCAUGGCAAGCAGCCUGCAAAUCCACCACGCCGGCGAGGAUGUACGUGCCGGCAGGCUCAUUUUUGGUUGACUCAAUGUACUUUCAAGGGCCAUGCACAACUCCGGGAGGUAUCACAGUUCAAGUUGAAGGAACUGUUUUGGCUUCCACAGACCCUUCUGUGUACGAGAAUGGCGAAUGGCUCAUGUUCGAGAACAUUGUUGGCAUCAAACUCAUCGGUGGCGGUACUUUCGACGGUCAGGGCAAGUCAUUCUGGGAAUUCAACGUCGACUGCGACAAAAACCCCGGCAGCACAUGCGUCAGACUCCCAAGCAGCAUAUUCUUCAACAACGUGACCAAUGGACUGAUACAGAACAUCAAAUCGUUGAACUCCAAAGGCUUUCACAUCUUCCUCACAAACUCUGCAAACAUCAGAGUACGAAAAGUGAAGAUAACUGCACCAGCUGAUAGCCCCAACACCGACGGCAUUCACAUAAGCCACUCCAUCAAUAUCAUUGCCUCCAGGAAUACCAUUGGAACAGGAGAUGACUGUGUUUCUAUCAUUCAAGGAGUCAAAAACGUUGCCAUUAACAGACUCACCUGUGGCCCUGGACAUGGCAUUAGUAUUGGUAGCCUUGGAAAGUAUGAAGAUGAGUUGGAGGUGAGCAAUAUUCAAGUGCGGGAUAGCACUUUGGUGGGCACAACCAAUGGUUUAAGACUCAAAGCAUGGCCAGAUAAGUUUCCUGGAGCAGCUUCGUCUAUUUUCUUCUCUGGCAUUACCAUGAACAAUGUUCAAAACCCCAUUAUCAUUGAUGAACAGUACCAAUGUGAUCCUGACAAGUGCAAAGCCAAGCCAUCAUUGGUGAAGCUGAGCAACAUACAUUUUUCAAAUAUAAAGGGAACUUCGUCGUCACCAAUUGGAGUGGACUUAAGGUGCAGCCAACUGUACCCAUGCCAAAACGUUGUACUUUCUAACGUUGACCUGAAGAUGGGAGGCAAACCUGUUACCAGCAGAUGUAUAAUGGCAUUAAGCAUAACAGUAGUAACGGCAUAUAUGGCCACUUUUCGUAUUGGUGCAGCCAUGGCUCCAGUUCCUGAACCUAUGGAUGAAUCACUUGCCCAGAAUUCAAGUGCUGAGAGAUAUUAUGAUGUUACAAGUUACGGAGCAGAUUCUGAUGGGGAGACAGAAAGUAGUUCUGCAUUCUUAGCAGCUUGGAGGGAUGCAUGCUCUGCUGCGGGAAACUCAGUGUUGUUAAUUCCAGAAGGAACAUUCUUGGUUGGUCCAGUCUCAUUUUCAGGGCCCUGCCACAACAAUCAGUCUCCAAAGAUAGAGAUCGCUGGGACUCUAAAGGCUCCAAGAAGCUCCCCUGCCUUCCUUUCUUCUUAUUGGAUUGUGUUCAGAGAUUUGAUUGGCCUCAACCUUACUGGAAUCAAUAGUAUGGCAAUGUUGGAUGGCCAAGGUGCUGAGUCAUGGUCCAACAAUGCUUGCCACAAGCACAAGAAUUGCCCCAGUCGCCCUAGGAGUUUAAAUUUCGUUAAGGUUUCAAAUGGGACAGUGAACCACAUAAGUUUGGUAAAUAGCAAGUUCUUCCAUGUAGUGAUCUACAAGUGUGACAACAUGAAAGUGUCAAAUGUAAACAUCACAGCACCUUCUGAUAGCCCAAACACCGAUGGAAUUCACAUUAGUCACUCCUCUUACAUCAACAUCACCUCCUCAACAAUAGGAGUUGGAGAUGACUGUGUUUCUAUCAUUCAAGGAGUUGAGCAUGUUGCCAUCAACAAUCUCACCUGCGGCCCCGGACAUGGCAUUAGUAUUGGUAGCCUUGGACAUUAUGCAAACGAGGGGGAGGUAAGAAACAUUCAAGUAUGGAACAGCACUUUGGUGGGCACAACCAAUGGUCUAAGACUCAAAGCAUGGCCAGAUAAGUUUCCUGGAGCAGCUUCGUCUAUAUUCUUCUCCGACAUUAUCAUGGACAAUGUUCAAAACCCCAUUGUGAUUGAUGAACAGUACCAGUGUGAUCCUAACAACUGCAAAGCCAAGCCAUCAUUGGUGAAGCUGAGCAACAUACAUUUUUCAAAUAUCAGGGGAACUUCAUUGUCACAAAUUGGAGUGGACUUAAGGUGCAGCCAACUGUACCCAUGCAAAAACGUUGUACUUACAGACGUUGACCUCAAGAUAGGAGGCAAACCUCCUGGAGGAAACGCAGUGUUGUUAAUUCCAGAAGGAACAUUCUUGGUUGGUCGAGUCUCAUUUUCGGGGCCCUGCCACAACAAUCAGUCCCUAAAGAUAAAGAUCGCUGGGACUUUAAAGGCUCCAAGCAGCCCCCAUGCCUUCCGUUCUUCUGAUUGGAUUGUGCUCAGAGGAUUGAAUGGCCUCGACCUUACUGGAAUCAAUACUAUGGCAAAUUUGGAUGGCCAAGGUGCUGAGUCAUGGUCCAACAAUGCUUGCCACAGCACAAGAAUUGCCCCACUCGCCCUAGUGUGA